GCAAGAAGAACUCGACUACAAGGAUUCUCUAUUCAAUGAGCAAUGCCGCAAGGUUGCCCAGCAAGACGAAGUCAUCGAGGACUUGGAGUACACUUUGGCGCGAUUUAGGGAGCUGGUCUCUACUCUUCAAGGUGACCUGGAGGAUAUGCGAGCCUCUCAGCAGAUUACAGAAGCCGAAGCUACGGAUUUAACCACAAGAUCUCGUGCCAUGAUGGACCUGAACUUGAAGCUGCAGGCAUCGGUUUCCAAAGCGCAGACAAAGACUAUCGACAUUGAGCUGGAACGCAUGGAUGCCCAAGAGGCUUCUCAACACCUGUCUAUCUUGAAACUAUACCUUCCCGAGUACUUUGAGGGAGAGAAAAAUGGCAUCCUUGCACUUCUACGUUUCAAGCGUGUUAGUUUCAAAGCGUCUUUGAUGAUUAGCACUAUGCGAGAGAGAUUCCCGGAGCAGACAUCCGAUCCGGCCGUAGUGGAAGAUGGCUUCACAGCACAUGAUGCUCUCGAGAAACUCAUGUGGAUCGCUUCCAUCUGCGACCGAUUCAUCAACUACAUCACCAACUGCUCCGCAGAGAGCUUCGACAGGAUCAAGGCGACAUUGUUCGAGAUGGAGCCGGUAGAGCGCACCAUGAACUUCUGGAUAGAAUCCAUAAGGAAGAACGAGCUGAACAUGAAGAAAUGUGGCAUUGAGCUGCAAAGGUCCAUCGCACUGCUAUCCCAUCUGGCGGAAGUUCACCUACCAACCUCAUUAGAGACAUUCGCCGACGAGCUCUGCAUGCGCUCAUCAUUAACUCAGUCAUACAUCGACCACGCCGCAUCAUUAAUAUCACGCCUCAGAACUCUGCUGCAGACCAAAAUCUCCAUCCCAGAAGGCGAAGAAGAAGAGACCAAGUUCCUCUUCAGCAAAAUGGAAACCCUAGUAACCCAAGCCCGGGGGCUUAAAGUAGCCAUGGGAAAGAUCCACAAGGCGUUGGAAGAUCUCCGAUCAAGGUCUCUUGCCCUGUCCCAAGACAUAGCAGGCCCCUUCAAGAAAACCGAGGAAGCCGCCAAAGAUCUUUCCGAGCUGGCUCGGCACUUAGGAGAGAACAUCGCGCUUAUUGUAAGCGACGAAAGCCGAACAGAGCCACUGACACUAGAGGAGGCUACGAAGAGCAUGUCCCAGGUCUCCACCCUCUACGCGCAGCCAUCGGAAUCAGGAAGCGAAUGCAGCGACACAAUGUCCUUCAUCGCCAACCGACUGCGCAGCCUAGGCGGAAACCUCGAGGAACUCGACUCAAUCUCAACUGAUUUGUCGAUCACAUCAGAAUUCGAAAGACUCCCUUCACCAUGGAUUGCCCGAGCAUCCGAACUAAAAUCCAACAAAGCAGUGUCCCCAGACGCGGACGAAGAAAUCCGACGUCUUAAGAACGAAAUCCACGAAGCCUCAACAGCCCUAGGUGUCAAGGACAAGACCAUCGAAGAGCAGGCGCUGAAGGUCGAACUCGUCGAGUCCAGAAUGCAAGAAGCCAGCAAAAAAGCCUCCAUGGUCAAAGAACUCGAAAACAAGAUCGAAACCAUGCGAGCAAAAGAAACAGAAAUGGAGAGCGUGGUUGAAAAACAACGUAAAGACCUCCAAGCCCUGGAAACAGAGCGUCAGGAGAUCAAAGCCCGACUGGACAGGGUCAAACGCGCGUCCGGCACAACCGGAAUCACCACAACCGAGGGCGUUGUGGUCGACAACGCCCUUUCCCUGGCCACGAUGCGUGAGAACGAGGCUCUCCGCGCCGAGGUGGAAAGUCUGCAAGCGGCCGUCCGCUUCCUGCGCGAAGAGAAUCGCCGCGCCGACAUGCUCGACCCCUACUCUGUGCAGCGCUCAGCGGAGAUGUACUCUUGGCUUGACGUGCCCCUUACACAAGCCAACGGUAAUGCCCAGCGUGACAAGAUCCAACAGACCGCCUCGGAGAGCAGGGAUGUCUUUACUCACCUUCUCAAGUUAACUAAGGAGUCGAAUAUCUGCGAUCUGAAGUCCACCAUGUCUCAAGAGAAUGGUAACCGUGCCGGUUGGCGUCCGUCGAAGACUAAGCUGCGCUACCAGGUUCUCCAACAGCGGGAGAACUUCGAGCACUGGACCGAAUGGCGCGAUGAUAUCGUCAACCAGGAAAGAGAGCAGGACAGACUGGUUAAUACGAAGAAAGAGCGCCUUGCUCGUGACCGAGCCCGGAGACACGCACCCAAGAAUUCGGUGUUCGGUGGCUUUCCGCAGGGGCUAGGACAUGGAAUGAUGGGGCGCGCUUGGGAGAUCCUGGGUAUGCAGCAAGAUCAUCGCAAACUGGCUGAUAGACCGGUAGAACCCUCCAUAACACCUUCGUUCUAGACAGUACGUGGGAUGGCAAUCAUAA